AUAAAUGGUCGUUUAUUUCCCUAUAAUCCUAACUCGUCCAACCCUAACGCCAAAAACAACAGAUUUAAAAAUUAAAAACCGGUUCCAUUUCUCCGCGGCCGCAGCGGAAGAAAGCAAAAGCUCAGCCAUCCUCCGUUCACGGCGGCGCAGCAUAAACCAUUCCGUCUCUCUCAUUCAGUAAGACCAGACCAGAUGUCUCGUUCUAUCUCCAACGCCAAACUCGUCUCUGCUUUCAUUUCUGAAAGAGUCUCUGUUCCUUUGAGCAGGACAUAUGCUGCGGCGGCGGCUCAGGCAACGGCUGGUGGAGUAAACGUGGCGAGGAGUAAGGUGAUGCUGAAGAGAGGAACAGAGGAAUCGGGGAGGAACGCCACCGCUUGGGUUCCAGAUCCGGUAACCGGCUACUACCGGCCGGAGAGUCAGGUGGCGGAGGUUGAUGCGGCUGAGCUCCGGCAGGUGGUCUUGAAAAACAACGCUACUAAUCAGCACUAUUAGAUCUUCCUCCAUUACUGUGUUAGGGUGUUGGACAAGCAAGAUCGAAGAGCUGCUUCUUUUGCCCGGGAAACGGUUUUCUGACUUCCAUAGAAAGAAAUCGAUUGCUUAGGUCGUUGGAUUGUUUUGAGUCCUUUUUUAACUUUGUUUUAUCACAGAUCUUUAUGUUAUUUUUAUAUUGAGUACGUUAUAGCAGAUGUAUUAGUGAUUGAGACAUAAUAGUGAUUCCAUACUGCUCAAAAAAAAAAAUAGUGAUUCCAUAACAUGAUAAACGGUUUUAAGCAACUUUGUAAGCUACGUCUUUAUUACGUAGUACGGAGUAUCUUUUUUCUAAUUACCGAAUACUAAGAGCAAACUCUCAUUUGUCA